GUAACCGGAUAUUGGCAUCAACUCCCAUCGUCACUUUGUUCGUCACCAGUUUAGUGGUGCCAUGAACCUCCGAUGUCAGAACCACAUUUUGUGUGUUGUUGCUUUGGCCCUCUUUAGCCAUGUGGAACCGGCUGAGCCUAACCGAAGCUACCUCAGUGCAGAAGCAAAGGCUUUGGAACACUCACCUGGUGAUUUGAACCACAAUCAGAAAGGUUCCAACCGAAUGGGUUACCCUUUCAACAGAGCUUUACAAAAUAGACAAAAAGCUAAGAACUCCUCUCCAACCCCGGAAGUCCAAUCAACACCAACCCUAAACACAGAUCAACUCAUAUCGAAGGACAUUUCAUCAACAAUUCCAACAUCGACUGACUUGGAUUUUACCAUCGAUACCAACCUCAAAGAUCAAUCGAGCACAAGAACUGAUGAGCAAACCACUCUAGAAACAAACUUGACAAAAGUAACAUGGGCCCCGCAAGAUCUUGGUAGUACCCAAACAGAAAUAAUCUUCGAAGAAGACGAUUCCACACCUUUGCCCUCAGUUCAGCCCCCUGUAUUAUUGGAAAACCCUUUGGAAGGUAAAUUCAAAUCAGAUGGACGUUGGGGCUUCCGAUCCGGAAACUUUGCUCCACCCCCACCAAUCCCACCUCCACUUCCACCUCCAAGUUCAUUCCGAUUUCCACCUCGACCUUAUGAAGCUAAACCUCGGCCACGACCAUCAAAUAUCUUUCCGGAAUCAAACCCUUAUUGGGACUUGCCACCCUGGAUGUCACCCUUUCAGUCGCCUUUCCCCUUUUGGCCUGAUCUGGAUUAUUUUGAUCAAAGGCCCUUUGAGCCCAUUCCCCCUCAUGAUACCAGGUUUCCGCCCCCACUGCCAUUUCUUACAAGAGAUGAAGGCGGUCCAAGUUAUGAACAAGUUCCACCCCGAGCAAGAUUUAUCAUUAAGAAAUAAAGUACUAGGAACCUGCGUUUCCUGAAAUAAAGCAAUUUGAUCCGAACAAAACAUGGACAAUAAAUCAUUCGCCUUGAGACCAUGACUAUUGUGAGAAUAAAGCGACUUUGGAUUUGG